UGUUAAGGACUGUGAAGUUAAAUGUCCCCACGGUCCCCACCUGAGACCUUCAGGCUCAGCUCCCCAGGGUCACCCCCAGUGGAACCCGAUUCUAGGUGGGAUGAGAUGCAGCGUUUUCUUAUUUUAUCCUGGUAUAGAAAAAACGGCUUGCUGUGCCUUGGCUUUCCUUCCGUCCUUCCCCUUCCUUCUAUCCCCUUCUUCUUCUUCUCCUCCUCCCCUGCCGUCCUCCGCGGGCCGGGCCGGGCCGGGCGGGGCCAGGCGGAGUCUUUCUCUCCCGGCGGGAUCUGCCGCUGCUGUCGCUUCUCGCAGGAGCAGGAGCAGGAGCCGGAUUCGGAGCCGGUGCCGGAGCCUGGCAGCGCCGGAGUGUUUCCCCAUCCCCGAGGUGCCGGAGCAGGACGAGGGCACAGCUGCGGUCCCCGUGGAAGGGGGGUCCCCGCUCCCCGGUCCCUCUGUCCCCUUCAGCUGAUGGGAUGGACCUCCCUCACCUCACAAGUCCUACUGACCUCCCCAAGCACAUCCUGGAUAUCUGGGUCAUCGUCUUGAUCAUCCUGGCCACCAUCCUCAUCAUGACAGCCCUGGUGCUGUGCCCAGCCACCGCCGUCAUCAUCUACCGAGUACGAACACACCCCACGCGCAACGGCAUCGUCUGAGCCACGGGCAGUGGGGCACGGCCAGCUCGCUGGGCUGUGGGCUACAGCCAUGGGACCCUGUGCCAGGGACCUCGAUGAGACAUCCUGAGAGCUGGAGCCUGGGCAGGAGCUAGAGUGGGCCAGCACCCAGACUUGCGCCUCUACCUGGCUCUCUCUGGGUACCCACUGCUCAUUUUGCCCACCAAGUUCAUGGGGACAAAGGGGAAAUGACCGCAUGGGUAGCAUGGGGAGAGGUGUGAUUUUGCAGACAUGUCUCAGCUGGAAAUAUCUCACUCCCCUGAGGGAGGCAGGCUUGUCUUGCCUUCACUGGUGACACUGUGUCCUCCCAGGCAAGCAGCGAGGAGUGGAAAUGCCUGACAAAGUUAUUUCUUCUUUGGAGUCCCAGCUGUCAAGGUGGUUGGGGAAAAAAAUUGUCAAAGCAAGAUGGAUGUGGCUUCUGGUUGUGCAUUUAGUGCUUGGCUAAAAGCAUCCAUGACAGAACUUGUGCUGGCUGCACAGCAGACGUGCAGCUGGCACUGGCUUCUCCUCUACCAUCUGCUGCAAUGGUACGAAAAUCCUGCAGGGCUCUUGGUUCCUCUGGGUCUUGUGUGGCAGAGAAUUGUGUGCAGUUCCUGUCAGCCCUCCUGUCUGCACACUGGCUGCAUCCCCCACUCCUGAUAGUGAGAGCUCCCUCUGUUUGCACAGCACACCAGCCCUGCUGGGGAGCCUGUGCAUGCCUCGCCUGGGCAGGUGAAGUGGGAGGAGCGGGUUUUUCUCAGGCAGUGACAAGGGAUCGUGUAAGCUCUUGUAUCGCCCUUUGUUAUGAAAUAAAUGGACUUCAUGUGA